AUGGCAUUACAGCAUGAAAGAUAUGGCUCUGAGUUAGAACACCAAUUCCACGACUCGCCGGAGACCGACUCCGAUGAAGCAGCCAACUUCCUGGAGUAUGAGAAUUAUGGAGAGGAGCCGCUGCUCCGGGGGUUGGAGGAGACCAUCCACCGACUAGCCAAGGAGCGAGAAGUCGAGAGAUUAUUCGAAACGAUCCGGCGUGAGAAAGCCGUCACUUUCGAAGCCCCACAACCUACCCUACAACCGGGCGACAAACCCGGAGUGGCCCUCCGCCUAACCGAACACGCCAUGAAAUACUUGAAACAGAAAUUCUUGGCCGUCCUCCGACACGACCUCAUCCGAAGUCACCCACCUCGACUAGAAGCAUCGAUCCUUGGGGCAAAUUUGACGGUAGAUGAGGUGCAGGUUGCGGACUUUGAAGCGCCAGUGAUUAGCACGGAGAAUCUGGGCGACGGCACGUUCCGCGUUAUGGCUGCUGACGGGAGAACAAAGCUCCGCGGCCAAUACCUCAACAUCUUCCGCACCACCCGCCAAGGCCAAUUCGAAGCCGAACUCACCGGACUUGACGUCGAGCUGAAGCUCAAGUUCCUGAAGACGUUCGAGGGUCGACUGAAGCCGGCUACCGUAACCCUGGAGCCCGAGUUGGGAUUGCCGUUUGCUGAAAAGCUGCAGGAAACCCUAACCCGACGAGUUCAAGCAGCCGUAUGCCCGGCUUUUGACGCCUCGCUGAAGAACUUUGAGGAGAACCUGCCCCCGCUGGCCCAUUUCCUCAACCCCCUCUCCACCGCCAAGCAUUUCAGCCAAGACGUUUCGUUCGACACCCGACUGACUGCCGAACCGGAAGUAGCCUCAAGCUACGCUCAGCUCGCGAUCCGAGGCGAAUUCUCGAGCAACCGGACGACCAUCGAGGAGAAGCCGCACCAUUUGGCGACCUCCCCAUCUGACAUCGAGCGUAUGGGCUACACCUACAUCUCGGACCAUACUGUUUCCACCUUCCUGCGUCAACUGUCGACAUUCGGAGACGUCCGCUUCAAUCUCCACGUCCUCCCGGAGAUCGCCGACUUUUUGAGGCCCAGCUGCGCCAAGUACGAGCCCUGCAUCGGGCAUUACGCCCAGCUGGACGGGGUAAAUGCGGCUAGCGGUCGUCUCGUCGUUCGCUCGCGUGCUUCACCGAAGGUCCGAUUUCAUCCGGGUCACGCGGCUAUUCGUCUCAAGACUACUGUAGAAUUGAGCUAUCGCCCGCAGGACGAUCUCUUCACCGAAGACACCCUCUAUGCCCAAUUUGACGCUGAGAUCGUGCUCAAGCUCACGAAGCUGCUUAUCCGACGGGGCAGAGCACCUGGCACCUACGAAUGGUCCGCCCGGGUCCACAUCCUCGAGAUUACGGUGUCGUACGGAGUCGCAGUGAAACCGGCCAUGGACAAGUUUAUCGACAAUUUGCAGUCGAUUAUGGACAAGUCGACGGAGUACUUGGAGGCAAUCCUCUCCACCCAUCUCGGCUCGCUUCUUCCCGUGGAGCUGUCGAAGCACGUGGAGCUCGAGAAAAUCGAGCCCGAGUUCCGAGACCGGACGCUCGUCGUGGGCUUCGAUUUUGAGAUGGAUGCCCAGUUGUUUCCGCGGUUACAACAUGCC